AUGGGUUCAUUAUCUGGUACUGGUGAAAUAGUUGAAGUAGGAGAGGAUCCAAGUGUAGGGAUUUACCAGUCGAAUUCUCAGUUUAAAGCAUCUGAGAAAAAUAAGAAGCCUUUGGUAGUGAAUUUGGGAUACAAGGAUAAUAUAUAUGAUGAUAUUAACAAGCUGUUUGAGUCAAUUGCUCUUAAAUCUUCUUCACCAAGGGAUUUGAGUUUUUCACAAGAUGGUACGAGUACGAGUACAUUGAAACAGCCUAUGACAUUGGGUGUUCCUCGCUCGCCGCGAGUUGGAGCUUCUGAGGCUGUUAAUUUGAAGCAGGCUUUGAGAGAUCUUUGUAUAUCUAAGGCGUCAGAAGUGGCUGCCAUGAAACGGUUAUCGAAAUCAACAGCUUCUCCCAGAGUUUCGGAGGUUCGGAGGAUACAAACAUUGUACACUUCAGUUGUGGAUGAACCGGGUUAUUCUGGGCCUUAUGUUGCUGAGGGUAAAGUUGGGUUUCACUCGCAGCGUGUUGUACCUGUUCAACCAGAAAAACAAACCUUCGCAUCUUCUCCGUCUACUUGUGUGUCAAAUACUGGACAGAACGGCAGCACAAUUAACAAGCCGCCACACCGUGCUCCUCGCACACUCAAAAUGGUCAUCAAGAACAAGAAUGUGAGCAAGAAGAAAGUGAAGGAAGAUUCAAAUUCUGCAUUAUGUGAUCCUGCAUCAAAUGAAUUUAGUAAGUCUGUUCCUGCCACAGCUCGGCUGGUUUGUGAAAGAUGUAGGUGUGCUUUGGAAAAUACAAUGGAAGAUGUAAUUAUGGCCUUGGAUUCUACUAGUCCUGGAACUGGAGUGAAAUCGAGUAAUCUGCACUCUGGUUUAAAUAAACCAGGUUUGGCAUCAACUAGUGGUAAUAUAAGCAAAGCAGUUGCCAAGGUGGAGAAGAUUCAGAAGAGCACCAAGUUGAAAGAGCAGCAUGAUUUUUCACAGAGCUCGAAGAGUAGUCAAGGGGAGUACAGUAGUAGUACUAGUACCAGUGACGACAGCAACAUGAGUGGCUCAAGUUGCGGCACUAGGCCUCACAUGUCAAAGGAUGUUAGAUGGGAAGCCAUUCGACACGCUCAAGUGCAGCAAGGAGUCUUGGGCUUGAAACAUUUCAAUCUUUUGAAGAAACUUGGUUGUGGAGACAUUGGGACUGUAUAUCUUGCUGAACUAAUUGGCACAAGUUGCUUGUUUGCUAUUAAGGUCAUGGACAUUGAAUUUUUGGCAAGAAGGAAGAAAAUGCCCAGGGCUCAAACUGAAAGAGAAAUCUUAAGGAUGCUGGACCAUCCAUUUCUUCCCACAUUGUAUGUGCAAUUCACAUCAGAUAAUCUCUCAUGUUUAGUCAUGGAGUAUUGUCCAGGUGGAGAUCUUCACGUUCUACGGCAGAAGCAGCUUGGUAGAUGUUUUUCGGAACUAGCAGCAAGGUUUUAUGUUGCUGAAGUCCUCCUUGCUUUGGAGUACCUGCACAUGCUUGGAGUUGUUUACCGUGAUCUGAAACCUGAAAACAUUCUUGUUCGAGAAGACGGCCAUAUUAUGCUCACUGAUUUUGAUCUGUCAUUGAGGUGUGCUGUUAGCCCAACACUUCUGAAGUCGUCUUCUGAUGUUGACCCUGCAAAAGUUUCUGGUCUUACUGCACAAUCAAGUUGCAUUGAACCAUUAUGCAUUGAACCAUCUUGUCAAGUUUCAUGCUUCAGCCCUAGAUUCCUACCUGCUGCUGCAAAAGCAAGGAAAUUAAAAGUUAAUCAUGUUGCCCAUGUCAGAUCACUGCCGCAGCUUGUGGCCGAGCCCAUUGAUGCCAGAUCAAACUCAUUUGUUGGUACACACGAAUACUUGGCGCCUGAGAUCAUCAAAGAAGAGGGACACGGAGCUGCAGUUGACUGGUGGACAUUUGGUGUUUUUCUUUAUGAGCUUUUAUAUGGUAGAACACCAUUUAAAGGUUAUAACAAUGAAGAAACAUUAGCAAAUGUGGUGUCGCAAAGUCUUAGAUUCCCCGAUGACCCACUUGUCAGUUUUGAAGCUAAGGAUCUGAUUAGAGGGUUGUUAGUUAAAGAGCCUGAAAACCGUUUGGGUUCAGAGAGAGGGGCUGCUGAGAUUAAAAAACAUCCCUUCUUUGAGGGUCUUAACUGGGCCUUAAUACGUUGCGCUACCCCACCAGAACUUCCAGAGUUUUGUGAUUUUGGAGUUUUUGACACGGCCUCUCAAGGCAAGGGUGCUAAGUAUUUAGAGUAUAAUGUAGGAGAGCACGUGGAGUUCGAGCUGUUUUAA